CUGCCGGUGGGAGAGCUGCUGUGUGUGGGGCUGAAAGCGGAGCUUGUCGGGACCUCGUGCGGACACAAGCGGCCGGUGGGCUUCAGGAACCUGCUACCUGUCAGGUGAGGAGGAGGCGCAGACAUGAGCCAGGUGGUGGAGGACCAGCAGGAGGACCAGCAGAGCCCGGCUCGGAGCAGCUUCAAGGCUUUUGCUGAGAUCAUCGAAGGGAAACGGACCACGAAGACGGUGGAGAGGCUGGACUUCCAGGCGCCGAAGGCGAAGGAGAAGCUGAAGAUUGGAGACGGUGGGGGAGACAAACUCGGAGACAUCCCUCGCACCAACUACCAGAUCACCAAGAUGAAGCCGGCCGACCUCAAGCCUCUGCACAACAUCCUAUUCGACCGGCCCGGGAAGACGGCGUCCAUGAAGAAGAACCUGCGGCUCUUUAACGGCUUCCCGUUCAGCGCAGACAGCCCGCAGUUCAGCAAGAAACGAGACAAACUUCUCAGGAAGUCCAACUUCACCAACUCCAAGCUGAAGGAGGUCUGCACCGUUCUGGACCUGGAGAAGAAAGGAACCCACUCAGAUCUGGUGGACCGGAUCCUGAUGUUCCUCGUCGCUCCAAAGAACAGUGGGAAGCGUGUUCCUGUGAAGAAGAAGAGGAAGUCCAAGAAGAAGCUGUGCAGCGACGACGUGAAGCCCAAAACCAAAAAGAGCCGACCCACAGCCUCCUCCAGCAGCCCCAAGAAGACCAAACCAGGAAGCAAGUCCAAAGCCAUCGUGAUGGACUCCAGCAGCGACGAGGACGAGGAGAAGACAGGAGCUUCAGCAGAGGCUGAAGGAUCGGAUGGGGAGAAGAACCCCUCACUGAGGGAGGAGGAGGAUCAGUCUGAGGAGGAGGAGUCCUCCAAGCCCAAGUCCAGCACAGCAAAGACGAAGAAGAAGAACGCUCCGAUAAAGAGGCCGCGCGCUCCAGUGAAGAAGGCGGGGCUUCUUAAGAGAGCCAAGAUGGAGACUUCCGGAGAGUCUGAUGGCAGCAGUGAAGCUGAUGAGAAGCCAAAGAAGAAGAAACUCGCUGCCAAAACCAAGAAGGCCGACAGCAGCAGCAACAUCAAAAACACAAACACUGUGGAGGACAGCUCAGACGAGGAUGAGCCUCUCAUCAGGAUGGUAAAGAAAGCUCCGAGUGACGAUCAGCUGAAGGAGACGGUUCAGGGUCUCCUGAAGGAAGCGGACCUGGAGGAGAUGACCAUGAAGCAGAUUUGUCAGAGGGUGUUUGACACGUAUCCAGAACAUGACCUAAGCAGCAGGAAGGACUUCAUCAAACAGACGGUCAAAGCUCUCAUCACAUGAAGACUCUGCAGACCUCCUGGAGAAGAACCAGGACCAUGUUCCAGACUCUGCAGACCUCCUGGAGAAGAACCAGGACCAUGUUCCAUUUCCAGCUGUUUUUAUACCUAAAUGUUUUUAAGUUUUAGUUGAAGUGCCACGUUUUUAAAACAAACUGUUUUUUCUGCCUCACUUUAAAUUCAUCAUGAAGUUCAUGUU